CCAUCUCCACCUUCUUAUCAGCGCCGGGUUUCCGCUCUGCCGAACGACGUGUUGGCGAGAAUCGCCGGGUCGUUCACGCUGCCGAACCUGAGAGCAGCUUCACUCGUGUGCAGAGCGUGGAGGGACGCGCUGAAACCCUUGCGCGAGGCGAUGGGUUUCUUGAAGUGGGGGAAGAAGUUCAAGCAUGGGAGUGGAGGGGUGAAGGCCGAUUUGAGCAAGGCGUUGGAUUAUUUCCUGGAAGGGGCGGCGCGUGGGUCCACUCUCGCCAUGGUGGAUGCGGGCUUGAUUUAUUGGGAAGUUGGUAAAAAGGAAAACGCCGUCGUUUGGUAUAGGAGAGCAGCUGAACUCGGUGAUUCUGCUGGACAGUGUAAUUUGGCUAUUUCGUUUUUGCAAGCAAAUCCUUCAAACACGAAAGAGGCAAUCGAGUGGCUAUACAAGGCUUCCGUUUCUGGCCAUGUUCGCGCGCAGUAUCAACUCGCCCUCUGUCUGCAUCAAGGUCGAGGGGUGGAACAGAAUUCACAAGGAGCGGCUCGUUGGUAUUCGAAAGCUGCACAAGGGGGAUACGUGCGCGCAAUGUAUAAUACGUCGCUGUGCUAUUCACUAGGUGAAGGAGUAUGGCAGUCUCAUGUACUAGCAAGAAAAUGGAUGAAAAGAGCAGCCGAUCGUGGUCACAGCAAAGCCCAGUUCGAGCAUGGAUUAACCCUCUUUUCGGAGGGAGACUUGAUGAAGGCUGUCGUGUACCUAGAGCUUGCCACAAGAGCCGGCGAAACCGCCGCUGCACACGUAAAGCAUGUAAUACUCCACCGACUCUCGUCAACUUCUCGUGACAGAGCAAUGCAUCUAGCCGACACCUGGCUUGCUAAGCCUUCCACUCGAUGAUUCGUAUUUUAAACUUUUAAUCCUUUUUCUUUUUAACUUGUUCACUACUCUUAUGAGAAACACUUUUAUUUAUAUAUUAAAAAAAAAACAAAAAAUCCAAAA